AGCUGUCUAUCUAAGAAGAAGAUUAAGCGCAUGUUAGCUAAGGCUAAGAAGUACAAGGCUAAGAACAAGGCUAAGGCUGCCUGUAUCUCUACUAAGAACGCUCUUAAGUUCUACGCCUACUCGCUCUAUAAUACUCUUAGCGACUCUAAGGUUAAUAAGAAGCUUAAUGCUAGUAAUAAGCAGAAGCUUACUGCUAAGAUUAACAAGACUGUCUAG